AUGACUAAAUCAAAUAUUAGUUAUGAUAAAAUUGUGUCUAUUUCAACUGAUGGCGCACCGGCAAUGAUUGGUAAAGAAAAGGGAUUUGUUAAGAGAAUCAAGGAUAAGAAUGCUGAAAUACUUUCAUAUCAAUGUAUAAUUCAUCAAACAUCCCUGUGUGGCAAACUUAGUACAACACUGAAGGAAGUAAUGGACAUAAUUAUCAAGUUGAUUAAUUUUUUGAGGUCCCGAUCUGCUCUUCAGCACAGGCAGUUUAAAGAUUUUUUAUUUGAAUGUGAUUCAGUGUAUUCGGAUUUACUUCAAUAUAACAAUGUCCGUUGGUUAAGUAAAGGCAAAGUGAUCGAACGUUUUUGGAGUAUAAAAGAAGAAGUUAUCACGUUCUUGGUAAACUUGGAUUCAGUAGAAUCAAAGCAGUAUCAUAAAUUCUUAACAAAUGAGAGCAAUAUGCUAUCUGUGGCGUUUUUAAAAGACAUUCUUGGAUAUUUAAAUGUACUUAAUACUGAGUUACAAGGGCAAAAAAAGUUAAUUUGUGAUCUGAUAUCAAGUGUAUCUGCUUUCCGACGAAAACUUGAAAUCUUUGAAGAAGAUAUAAAAAAUCAAGAUUUUAUUCAUUUUCCAACAAUCCUAGAAUAUAAAAAGACUCCCGACAUAGACUGCAGUAUGUUUUUAAGUUUUUUGUCGGACCUUGGUGAAGAAUUUCGUAAGAGAUUCAAAGACUUUGCAGAAAUUGGAAAACUGUCUCAAUUUUUAAAAAAUCCGUUUGAAGUUUCUCCGACUGGAGAAUGGAUUGACGUUGCUACAAAAUUAUUUAAACUUCCAAAAUCUUCACUUCAAAUUGAAAUUAUUGAUUUGCAAGAAGAUAUCUCAUUGCAAAUGUAUAAAACUUCGUCCACUGAAGAUUUUUGGAUAAAGCAUGUCUUGGAUAAAUACAUGAACUGUAAAACCCUUGCCAUAAAAUUAGCUACUAUGUUUGGCUCCACUUAUGUAUGUGAAACUUCGUUUUCAAAAAUGACGUUUUUAAAAAACCGAUACCGUUCAAGAUUAACAGAUCACCACCUUGAAAACACUUUACGCAUCAGUUGUUCUCCAAGAGUACCAGAUUUUAAAAAACUAGCUCAAGAAAAGAAAUGUCAUUUUUCUCAUUAA